AUGGCAGCCCCUGUCUUCAGCAGCCUUGCGACGGCUGCAAGUAUUGCACCUUGUGCCCAGACUGCUCUCUCGUACAACAUAUUCACCCAGACCUACUCGGCUUGUGGCGAAGCACCCACCGACUUGCAGUCAUGUAUCUGCACAAAGAACAACAACCUCGCUGCUGUCUCGACGUCCGUCUCAAAGUCGAUCAGCUACAGCUGUGGCUCCACGGCAUCCGAAGACCAGACGAGCGCCGCGGCAGUCCUUAGCCAGUACUGCAAUCCCGAUGUGACGGUCGCCUUCGCGACGCCGACGACCAACAUCGUAACCAAGUAUGCCACCGACAUUGCCGAGUUCACCAACAUGGCGCCUUGCGCCCAGUCGGGCGUCUCGUAUGCCUUGAGCUCGAUGAACUCGCUCUGCCCGGAGCCAGCAAGCCUCAUGGCACCGUGUAUCUGUACCAAGAACGACAACUCGGCACGCGUCAGCCGGUCUGUGGCGUCGCUCGUUAGGUACUCCUGCUCUAACGCAGCAGAUGUGACGUCGGGUCUCGCUUUCUACGACGCGUACUGCGCCAUGAACAAGGGCACCACUGCGUUCCCGCAGCCGUCGCCGCCUCCGGGGGACAUGACGUACUACAUGACUGCUCUGUCCCAGUACAGCUCGCUAGCCCCAUGUGCGCAGUCCGGGAUAUCGAACGCAAUGUACUCGCUCACGAGAUACCAAUGCCCCGAGGGACCCAAGGCACUGGCGUCGUGUGUCUGCCUCAAGGACGGUGUCACGAACCUGGUGACGAGUGCAUUGACGUCGGAUGUCAAGUACUACUGCUCUUCAACGGCUUCGGAGGACGUCUCUUCUGCCCUGGCUGUCAUGGACUUUUACUGUAAGGCUGCUCGGAACGAGGUGGUUGCGACGGUUGCCGAAUCAACUGGAACCGGGUCGGGAACUUCGGGACCUCAGCCGACCAGUACGAGUUCAAGUGCCGCCGGUGGCAACCCCAACGACAACGGCACCAGCUCUGGCGGACCCGGUCUUGCUGCCAUUGUAGGUGGUGCCAUCGCCGUCAUCGGUGCCUUGUCCAUUGCAGGUCUCGUUGCGUUCCUGAUCUACCGCCGCAGGAGGAAGAUCCAGCCGAGGUUCCCCAUUUCCUCAACCAUCGGCCCGCCAGAGAUGACCGGACCCCCCGAGCUGGGCGGCACAAUGCUGUCGACCCUGCCACCAAAGAGUCCCCAGAUGAGCGUUUCCCAAACGGAGUCUCCCCGGCCCGACACGAUAUCUCCGGUCUCCAAUGCCAACAGCAUGUUCGCUCCACCGCCAUUAGGCGCAGAACUUCAUGGGCAAACCCGAUUACCAUCCGAGAUGCCAACCUACAGCAAUAGCCAGCUUCAGCCUUCGGGUCCGCAUAUGCCCCCUGAACUGCAAGCUCAGCAGUACCAGGGACAGUAUGGACAGGCACUCUCCGUUCAAGGCGGAUAUUCCCAGUUGCAGGGAGGCUCACCGCUGGCCGAGGCUCACGGCCAACCGAUUCACCAGAUGCCGAGCGGGCCACAGCCAGUGUAUCAGACACCUGGUCAGCAACGGGCGGAACUGCAAGGAAUGGGAUGGCACGCAGGGCCGAGACCGGGGUACUCUGAAAUGGAUGCAAGUCAGCAGCGUCGAUAG